AUGGCGCUGGUUCUAUUUAUAGGAUUCAUUAGAAUUAAUCCAAUUUCCGGUGCUUGUAAUGUUUGUGGGACUACCUCACAAAUUGCUUGCUUAAAUCAAACUUCAUUUCAACGAUGCACUGGAAGCACAAUUGUUCCGGGAACUACGGUUACUUGUCCCUCUGGAACAUAUUGUAACUCAGAUUCACCGAUGAGAUGUGUAUCAACUGAUCCAUCAUGUGGCGGUCUUUGUGGUGUUUGUAAUCCAAAUACAUUUGUUGCUUGUUUAUCAAAAACACAAUAUGCAUAUUGUUUUGGUUCGACACCAUCAAAUCAAGUGGGAAAUUGUGGAACCGGAGAAAUUUGCAAUUCUGACAGUCCUGCAAUAUGUUUUAAUCAAAAUAUUAUCGCGGUGGAACCAACUUGUCCAGAUAAUGGAACACCAACAACGACACCAACAACGCAAAGACCUAUUGAUAGUGCACAAGCAUUUUGUUCAUCAAUUAAAAGAGCUGGAAGAUAUUCAAAACCAAAUGAUUUCAAUUGCAAAAACUACUACUACUGUUGGUAUGUGGGUAAUGUAAUUUAUGGACAAGAAUAUCAAUGUCUUGGACAAACAUUUUUUAAUUGUCAAACUUUAACGUGCAAUUUCUUUUGUAUUAAUAAUUGUACUGUACCGAGAACAAUUGAAAAUCAAGCAAUAAAUGUUACAACUCGUGUAUGAAAACAUUUUAAUUAAAGAA